AUGUCCGUUAAAUUGUUCGUUGGUGGUUUGUCAUGGGGAACUGACGACCGUUCUCUUAGGGAUAGGUUUGAAGAAUAUGGCAACGUUGAGGAUGUCGUUGUCAUUCGCGACCGUGAUACUGUCGUGGUUUCGGUUUUUAAUGAAGAAGCUGAAGCCGCGAUCCAAAAUUUGAAUGAUCAAGAAUUCGACGGACGAACUAUUAAGGGUAUAUAUUUGCUCAUUUUCAAAUAA